UCGAAAAAACACACCACCAAAACCAUAAUAAAGACUUCCCUUUGCACCUUCCUUGCACUUUCCAAACGCUUCAAACUUGACAGUUGAAACCUUUCACGCACUUUCAAUCUCUCCUUAACUUCAAAACCUUUUCUUUCUUUCUUUUUUUAUUUGUAAAUAUAUCAUCUCGUUUCCUUGACUCUUCCAUUGGGAAUGGAGAGAGAAGGAAACGAUUGUGUUGUGGGAGAAACCACACCUCUCCCAGCUGCACCUUUUGAUGCUGAAGCUUCCAUUUUGAGCUCGACCCUUUUGUUGGAUCAUGUUGGAGAGGUCACCCUCACCUUCAAUUCAGAUGCGUUGUCUUGGAAAUUGGUGGAACCUUUGGAUAAUGAUGUUUCAGCUUGUUUAGGCUUUAAAUAUGAUUCAAAUGUUGCUACCGAGAUCAAACUUUCAGACAUAUAUGCUGUUGAAUUAAACAAUCAUGGUCUGAUUCACAUAUCAAAUCUCCCUCAUGCUACUGAGUGUCUACUUUUAGGUCACGACUUAAAGAUGUACCGCUUCACUGUGCAUGGUUAUGUAAGGAGCAAGAAUCAACCUUCUCAAUGGAUCCUGGCUGAAUACACUUUUGGUCAUAAAGAUUUGCAAACAUGUCAGAUGUGGGUAAAUCAACUUAAUGUUUCCUUGAAACAUGAAGUUGGAAGACCUAGGAAUCUUUUGGUUUUUGUUCAUCCAAGGAGUGGGAAAGGUAAUGGCUGUAGUACCUGGGAAGCUGUGGCUCCUAUAUUUUCUCGUGCUAAAGUAGAAACAAAGGUGAUUGUGACAGAGAGAGCUGGACAGGCAUUUGAUGUGAUGUCAUCUAUAACAAGUACGGAGCUUAACUCAUAUGAUGGUGUUGUAGCUGUUGGUGGUGAUGGAUUUUUCAAUGAAAUCCUUAAUGGGUUUCUUUCUCCCAGGCUUAAGGCUCCUUACCCACCAACUCCAUCUAAUGAGACUUCAGCUCAAUAUGAAGAGCAGUUUCCUCUAAUUUCAGGUCCAAAUGAAUCUGGGGCUACAAUCUUGAAUUGGAAUUCAGAAGAUAAGGCUGCUGAGUUUCCUGUUCCAAAUGAAUGGUUUAGAUUUGGGAUCAUUCCUGCAGGUUCAACUGAUGCCAUUGUCAUGUGUACAACUGGGGCUCGAGAUCCUAUAACUUCAGCAUUGCAAAUUGUCUUUGGUAAAAGGGUGCACCUUGACAUAGCUCAAGUUGUACGGUGGAAAAGAACUCCUAGAUCAGAGGUUGAACCUAAUGUGCGUUAUGCAGCUUCCUUUUCAGGGUAUGGAUUUUAUGGUGAUGUCAUCACAGAAAGUGAGAAGUAUCGUUGGAUGGGUCCCACACGUUAUGAUUAUGCUGGAACAAUGGUAUUUUUAAGGCACAGGUCAUAUGAGGCAGAAAUAGCGUACCUAGAUGUUGAAUCAGAUGAAACCAAUUUAACAUCCAAAAGGAAUCGUGAGGGUAAUCUAUUACGGGCAUUGAGAUCUUCACAUCUAUCAGAAAGAUGUAUCUGCCGAAUUAACUGCCAAGUUUGUAAAGAAAAGCCAAAUCAUGCAUCCUUUGGAGUUUGCAGCCCAACACCUUCUUUGUAUUCAGAAGCAAGAUGGGUAAGAGCCAAAGGACGCUUUCUUAGUGUAGGAGCUGCUGUAAUCUCUUGCAGGAAUGAAAAAGCACCAGAUGGAUUGGUGGCUGAUGCACACCUGUCAGAUGGUUUCCUUCAUCUUAUAUUGAUUAGAGACUGUUCUCAUGCAUCUUAUUUAUGGCACCUGACUCAACUUACAAGAAGAGGGGCAAGCCCCUUGAAUUUUAAGUUUGUUGAACAUCAUAAGACCCCUGCUUUUACUUUUACUUCUUCGGGCAAAGAGAGUGUAUGGAAUGUGGAUGGUGAGAUCUUUGAGGCACAUCAACUUUCAGCUCAAGUGUUUAGAGGCCUUGUAUGCUUGUUUGCAUCUGGUCCUGAAGUUUAAUUGAUUUUGCUAUAAAUUGUUUUGGCCAAGGCCAUUAACAGGAACCAUGAAGCUUAUUUAGUACAAUAAGUUAGUGUGUGUGUGUGUAGUGUGUGUGUGUAUAUAUAUAUAUAUAGCAAUGCCUAGCUAUCAUUAAGUGGAAGUUUUUUAUUCUCUAAAGUCAUGUCUAGGACUCGUAAACAUGGAGGGAAAAUUUUGUUACAUUUGGUUACAAUUUUCUUAUACUAAUUUCAUGAUUUUUAUAGCCAAUCCCACCUAGGAGAAAAAGGGUCGGGUACUAUUGUUUUACGAUUCAUGAUUAUAUAUGUAUUUAUAACGGGAAUCAUUAUGCUGUGGACAUAAAAUAUAGGUUAUUUUAACGCUGUCAUUGUUCAAUAAGAGGAUGUGGUCUUUUAUAGAUGUUGCGGUUGUUUUAUAUA